AUGUCUCAACCCUUUUAUCAACCAGGGCCAGCGGUUGGUGUCUCAAGUGUAGUGACGAAGGAGGUGAUUAGCCGUGCUUUCACUGGGUCGUAUACCUUGGCAUUUGGUGCAGGAGAUAUCGGAGCAUCACUAGUAUUCUUUACCACUCUUCGCUUAACGCAAUUCUUCUUGGAUGUGUAUGGUUGGAGGGGAACCAUGCUGCUACUUGGUGCAAUUCUGUCUCAUCUUGGUGUCUGUGGAGCUUUGAUGAAAGAACCCGCUACAACAAGAAGUAAUGACGAAUAUCAAACAGUUGCUCUAGUACAAGAAACGGCUGUUACCGGUGAAGGAGAAGAAGCUGCAUCUAACAGCCGUUGUCGCUCUUGUCGGAACAGUGUUUCCUCUUUCAUCAGUGAGACUUUGAAGAUUAGUUUACUCUCCUCAUUACCCUUCUGGCUUAUUGUCUUCAUGAUGAACAUAAUGGAUGAUGAUGUACUCAGCGUGGUUCAUCUACUUUGUACCCUACGUUACCGUUUCUAA